AUGCAGUUUCACGUACCGUUCUUAAGUUUGUGGCUCUGGGGAACAGUAGCUUGGGCUAACAAAGUGGCAAUUUCGGAUGAAGAUUACCAAGUUUGCAGCGGCAUGUAUUCGCGCGAUGAUUGGAGUGGAAAGAUCGACCCCUACAUCUCGUUCAACUUAAAGGACAUCAGUGAUACAGAUGGGCUUUCAGUUGUCAUCUUCGAGUUCAAGGAUUACGAACAUCUUGGAGUUGAUGUUGACUCUACCAAAAUCUACAUAUGUGAUGACUAUGCCAUAGUAAGUGGUGCAUGUAACGAGACGAACAAAAACGAAUACAUAGUGCAGAACGUCAUUAUUGAUCCCAUCACGAACGAAAACGAGACGCUAUCGGCCUCGGUGAUGACUUUCUACCAAACCGAAACUGGCCUCCAUGAUGCGAAAUAUCCAGUCAAAAAUACCGGCUACUACUGUGUUGUGGCAACUACCUCUCAGAGUGAUAGUAAUGCCAAAUUCUCUGCAGUCGUUAAUUUCAGAAAUGCUUUUGGACAACUGCCAGCAGCAGAGAUCAAUAACUUACCCCUAUAUGGCCUCAUGGCUAUUUUUUACGUUGUGGCCAUGGCUCUGUAUAGUUUCGCAUUCUGGAAACAUAAGAAUGAGCUUUUGCCGCUUCAAAAAUAUCUACUGGCAUUCUUUGCGUUCUUGACCGUUGAACAAAUCUUUAUUUGGGCCUACUAUGAUAUUAAAAACGAAAAGGGCAACACAGCGGGGACUAAGGUCUACAUGGUUUUCGUGUCCAUUUUAACUUCUGUCAAAACAUCAUUCAGCUUCUUUUUACUCUUAGUCAUCGCACUAGGUUACGGUGUGGUAUACCCAAAACUAAACAAAAAGUUGAUGAGGCGGUGCCAGCUAUUUGCCAUCGUAAAUUUUGUCAUCAGCGUGGCCUAUCUAAUUCAAAACUAUUUGACCAAUCCUGAGACGGUUACUCUUUGGCCGCUCGCUACUCUAGUGCCACUGGCUCUCACAAUGUUGGGCUUCUACUUCUGGAUUUUGAGGUCUAUGUCACAAACAUUGCGGUAUUUGCAGGAGCAAAGGCAAGUUGUGAAAUUAAAAAUGUACAAGAGGCUAUUAUCCACAAUUUACUUCUCUUUGUUUGUGUUGUUCGCAGGUAUUGUGUUGUCAUCGAUUGUUUUCAUCGGAAUGAACUCUAUCGAAAUGGUUGAACAACACUGGAGGACAAGGUUUUUCUUCGUUGAUUUUUGGCCUUCUUUGGUUUACUAUUUUGUCUUUGUUAUCGUUGCUUUCAUUUGGAGGCCUACUGACACUUCCUACAUGUUAGCAUGUUCUCAACAAUUACCAACGGAUCCAGAAAAUGUCGCUGACUUUGACCUGGACGACUUACAAUCUCUGGAGGGCCCAUCAGCCCAUAUUGACGAUGACUUGAAUUUCUCUGAUGAUGAAGAACCCCCGCGUAGAAAUUCAAGUUCGCAAAGGCCGGAUAAGAAACCUUAA